AUGGACGUCACUGUGAGCCCCAGGGUCUCGGUGGGAACCCCCGCACCUCCCCACUCGUCGGACCGCAUCAAGAAUGCUGCGGACAUCUCAGUCAUUGUCAUCUACUUUGUGGUGGUCAUGGCCGUGGGCUUGUGGGCCAUGCUGAAGACCAAUCGAGGGACAGUGGGAGGCUUCUUCCUGGCUGGCAGGGACAUGGUGUGGUGGCCAAUCGGUGCCUCUCUCUUUGCCAGUAACAUUGGCAGUGGCAGUUUCGUGGGACUGGCUGGGACUGGUGCAGCCUCAGGAAUUGCUGUUACCGUGCUUGAGACAAAUGCUUUGCUAUUGCUGUUGGUCCUAGGCUGGCUCUUUGUCCCCAUUUACAUCAAAGCUUCGGUGGUGACCAUGCCAGAGUACCUGAAGAAGAGGUUUGGAGGGAAGAGGAUUCAGAUCUACUUCUCUGUCCUUUCCCUGUUCUCAUCUGUGGCCAUGAGGAUCUCAACGGACAUGUUCUCAGGAGCCAUAUUCAUCAAUGUGGCCCUUGGGUUGGAUAUUUACGUAGCCAUCUUCAUCCUAUUGGUCAUCACGGGGAUCUUCACGGUUGCAGGUGGCUUGGCCUCUGUGAUUUACACUGACACCCUGCAGACAGUCAUUAUGCUGGUUGGCUCUUUCAUCCUUACUGGCUAUGCUUUUGCAGAAGUAGGAGGGUAUGAGGCCUUCACUAAGAAGUAUAUGAAAGCCAUCCCAUCUGUCAUCACAGACAACAACGUAACUCUGAGCCCAGAAUGCUACAUGCCCAAAGCAGACUCCUUCCACCUCUUCCAGGAUCCCAUCACUGGUGAAUUGCCAUGGCCGGGAAUCAUCAUUGGAAUGAACCUUGUUUCUCUUUGGUACUGGUGUACAGACCAGGUGAUUGUGCAGCGAUGUCUCUCAGGGAAGAACCUGUCCCAUGUGAAGGCUGGCUGCAUCUUGUGUGGCUAUCUGAAGCUGAUGACCCUCUUCCUUAUGGUGAUGCCUGGUAUGAUCAGCCGCAUUCUGUACCCAGAUGAAAUUGCCUGUGUUGUGCCUUCAGAAUGUGAGAAGCACUGUGGUACCAGUGUGGGUUGCACCAACAUGGCUUACCCAAAGCUGGUGAUAGAGCUCAUGCCUAAUGGACUUCGAGGACUGAUGUUGUCAGCCAUGUUGGCAUCACUCAUGAGCUCCCUCACCUCUAUCUUCAAUAGUUCCAGUACACUAUUCACCAUUGACAUCUAUACCAAAUUUCGAAAGAGAGCAUCGGAGAGAGAACUGCUGAUAGCAGGAAGGUUGUUCAUCAUCGUCCUGAUUGCCCUCAGCAUUGCUUGGGUCCCAUUAGUCCAGGAUGGUCAAAAUGGUGAACUCAUCCAGUAUGUGGAAUCAAUAUCGAGUUACCUUGGGUCCCCCAUUGCAGCUGUGUUCCUGCUUGCCAUCUUCUGCAAGAGAGUUAAUGAGCAGGGAGCUUUCUGGGGAUUGAUGCUUGGACUUGUGGUUGGCCUAACUCGUAUGAUUGCUGAGUUUGCCUAUGGGACAGGCACCUGCAUGGUCCCCAACCAGUGUCCCAACAUCAUCUGUGGAUGGCAUUUCUCCUAUUUUGCCAUUUUUCUCUUCUCAUUGACAGCCUUGGUUGUAGUUGGUAUUUCUCUGUUGACAAAACCUAUUCCUGACAUACAUCUGCACCGCCUUUGCUGGGCUCUCCGCAAUAGCCAGGAAGAACACGUAGAUCUGAGUCCUGAGCAGUAUGGACAAGAGGAAGCUGGAGACCAGGGGGAAGAAGGUGAUAUUUACCUUCCUCCAGAUGGUACAGAAGAAUCCCAAGGGUGCUGCAAGAGGGCCUGGAAUGCAUUCUGCGGGCUGGAGCCAAAGAAAGGCCCCAAGCUGACCAAGGAGAAGGAGGCUGCCAUGCAGAAGCAGUUGACAGACACAUCGGAAAAACCCUUGUGGAGGAACGUGGUGAAUGUCAAUGCCAUCCUGGUCCUGGCUGUGAGCGUCUUCUACCAUUCUUAUUUUGCCUGAGUCCUGCUUGGGGCUUCAGAGCAGUGUGAACCAAGCCUGGAAUACCAACCUUCCUCUUCCCUGUUAGCUCUUCAUUGGACUGUGGAAGGGCAGCAAACAGGUAUGAAUGAAAGC